GAAAACAUCUCUAUUAAGAUCCAAACUCGUCAACUGGGGGUACUCAUUGAAAAAUACUCACACCGGAAAUGGAGCUGGCCUUCAACCGAACUGCAGAUGUUUCUCAUGAUGUGGAUCGAUGGAGCCAAAAGAAUUUCACCGACGUCACCUUCUCGAACAGGUCUGUCGUUUCUGUGAAUCUGGACAAGGCUGCUAACUUUGUUAGCAUUUUCAUCCUUUGUGACACCAUGGUUGCUCUCGGUUGCACGAUGGAGGUCUCCAAGAUAAAAGCCCACAUCGUGAAGCCCAAAGGAGUGGUGGUCGCCAUACUGGCUCAGUUCGGGGUGAUGCCCCUCACGGCCUUCACUCUGGCUAAAGUGUUCCAGCUUAGGACCAGUCAGGCCAUGGCAGUGCUGGUUUGUGGCUGCUCUCCAGGAGGCGUGCUUUCCAAUGUCCUGUCCUUUGCCUUCCGGGGGGACAUGAAUCUCAGCAUCGUGAUGACGACCUGCUCUACACUGGCAGCGCUGGGAAUGAUGCCCCUUCUGCUUUUCAUUUACUGCCACGGUUUCUCCAACCUGGGUGCAAUCCCUUACGGUAGCAUCAUCCUGGCCUUGUUCUUGACAUUGCUGCCCUGUGCUACUGGCAUCUAUAUUAACUAUCGCAUACCACAGUACUCCAAACUUCUCACCAGGGUCGGGCUGAGUAUAAUGCUGGUCAGUCUGAUCGUCUUCGCCGUUCUGGUCGGGAUUUUACUAGGCGAGUCUAUCCUGACGGUCGCAGCGCCUCGACUCGUGGCCACAGCAGCACUGAUGCCACUUAUUGGAUAUGGACUCGGCUACGUGCUGUCACUCUUCUUCAGGUUUGACGGACCGUGUCAGAGGACUGUUGCUAUAGAGACGGGUUGCCAGAACGUCCCUCUCUGCUACACGAUCCUAAAAGUAGCCUUCGAGCCAGAGUUCAUCGGCCCGUAUUUCCUUUUCCCGUUUCUGUACUUUUUCUUCCAAAUUCCCGAGGCGAUGGUUUUUAUCGCGCUCUUCCGGUGGCACACCAGGCAGAAGUUUUCAGCUGAACCGGCAGUGAGUAAUCAGGACCUCUGAGUAUACUGGAGAAAACCUGGGACCAAUACAAACAACCGUACUAUAAGCCAACGUAAAACAAAGUAAAUAAAUACAGUUAAACAGUGUAUGCCUCGUGACAUGACCUGUGCUUGUGAUGUAAGGUAUAAUUCGACUUGUAAUCAUUUCUUCGUGGGCAACGAGAGAAACGACGUCUCGGGCUGAACCGUGCUCAUGAACCACUGGGUACGCUGUCGAGUCGUCCCAUCGUAUCGGUUUGCCCAACUGUAUCGCACAUUCAUCCGGUCAUAUACAACCUUUCAUUAAAUGUGCGCAGAGGAAAUUCGAAAGCGUUAUCGUUUCUAUAGCAACCACUUAUCCACAGGGAGUUGUACCACUGACACUCGACAUGAACUAGUUUAAAAAAAGUGUGUGACUGUCGAUAUGGUGACAUUUUCUUCUAUUAAAGAUGUUUAUUCCUAUAUUUAUGGAAGUAGUCUCCGGUGUCAGAGCUCUGAACAUGGUGGAGGCCAGUUCUUUUGCUUUCGAUUGUUUAAACAGGUAACAGCUCUGAAUGUCUGCUCUUGGUUUGAACCCCGGGUUUCACCUGUGAAGACUGUGUUUGUUGUUAAAAAGGAUAAACCAACGUGAAGACCAGCGAGCUGUCGAUGGGAGAAAAGCGAGUCAUUUUGAAGCUGAGAAAAAGAAGGAAAAUCAAAUUGCAGAAACAUCAGGCACAGCCCAUAUAACAAUUUGGAACGUUCUGAAAAAGAAAGAAACCACUGGUGUACUAAACAACCAGACACGGAACGGGUCGGUCAAGGAAAACAACAGCAUGUCAUGACAGAAACAUUGUGAGUGCUGUAAAG